AUGUCGAAGUCGCCGGCUUUGGAUGUGGAAGGAGUUUGGAAAGAAUGGGAUGCAGAUGAGGAGAUUAGGGAACUCCUACGUAGUGACAAGCCUGUUUUGCCCAAUCCGGUUUCUUGUGACAUUUCCAGUUGUGUCAAUAUGCGGGGUCUUCUGGCACCUUUGUUGUCACGUAUGGCCCUACAUGAAGAUCGUCGAUUACCUCCCGUUGACGAUUUGAGAUCCGAGUUGGAACUUCUGUUCAAAAAAAACAAGCAGGGGUUGGAAUUGGAAUACCUUGAACUUUCCAAAAAGGCAAUGGCAGUGAAAAAACUGUGUGGCCAUGUGAAGACCAAGACCCGCCGUGCCAACAAUCAUGAACAACAUGGCUUUCCACAUGUUUUUCCACAUCAGGACACACGAGCUGAUGAUGAGGAUGCCUGGGAUGAUUCCAGCUCAUCAAGUUCAAGUUCGGACACCGAGCAGGAGAACGAACCUGAACCUGCUGAAGCUGCUCCGGUUGUAGAGAUCCCCCCUACGGAACCUUUGCCUUUGCCUAGUCCCGCUGUUCCAAAAGAAACCCCACCUACGGAGACUGCAGAGCCCAUCCCUUCCGAAAAGACUGGACACGGUGAGAAAACGGAGAUCAUGCCUGGGUCCAGCCCAGCAUCGCCAGGAACAUGGAUUGACCCUAAGAAGACCCUUAACAAGGCUGAUGCGUUCACGGAAUCCGAGAAUGAGAAUUCCAAGGAAUCGGAACCAUUUUGGACAGAGGAGAUGGAAAAAGAAUGGUUUAAAUGGAAGAAGGGGGCAGGUGCUGAGGAUGUUGACUAUGACGAAACAUGGUAUGAGGGGGACUGGGUGCAGGACUGGAGCCAGCCAUCUGAGGCAUGGGACCGCUAUGCGACGCUAGACAGUGCUGUGUCCAAACACACUUUGAAGAACCAAUCCAAGGAGCCAAGUGAAACACCUUUGGAAAAGACAAUUCCUAAGAAAAAGCCAGGAAAGCGUAGUGAGCCUGCCGCUAAGGACACUGCCACAGCGGUCAGCAAGCAUGACACUGAACAGGACAAACACCCAAAAAAAAAGAAGGUUGAAGGUGAUGAUUGUGAGUGCACAACGCCUGAGGACACAAAGGGCCAGGUCAACUCCAUAGCCAAAUACUUGAGGGUCAUCAAGGGAGCUGGAUGGAAAGUCAAAGGUAAUCAGGACUUGACGGACGACAUCAAACGGGAAUUUAAAAAGGACUUUCCGACCACAGAAGAGUGCCGUUACAACAUCUACUGGAAACUGGCUUCGGUGGGUGUUCAUUUGAAAAGUGAAAAGAAGGAUUUGGUUACUUACUCAGUGCGUGCUGAUGCUGGGCCAUAUCUUCUUCGGCUUCACUCGUGUUUGAAGGCAGCAAGUUUGUUUGUGAACUACGUCGAAGCCAAAUCCCGCCAGCCACGUGACAAGGGGGCCCACUUGAGUGAGGACUCGGACAUUCUGACUCUGAAGGAUUCCCUGAAGUGUUCAGCUUCAAAAGCUUUGAAGCGUGUUUGCAAAUGA